AUGAGCGAAGGAUCAAAUUCUAUCAUCAUUUGUUUCAGUCGAGGAAAGACGAUCACUCACGUAAAAAUCCAGAAGAAUAGUGAUGGUUUUCUAGACUUGUUCGGAGGGGAAUCAUUUGCAUCUUUAAGUGAAUUGGUCCAAUUUUAUAUUGAUAAUCCAGAACAGCUGCAAGAGCGAAAUGGGGAGUCUAUUAUUAUGAAACGGCCAGUUUCUAUACCAUUGUACGAACCGGCUGCCCAGGAAGCACGUGCUCCAGCUUCCCAGCGAUGGUUCCACGCCAACAUCACAGGCACUGAGGCUGUUGACCUUCUUGCGAAGGAGAAGCAAUGGACCUAUCUUGUUAGAGAAAGUCAGCGUGCACCUGGGUCAUACUCUAUAACUGUAAAAACGACAGAUGAUCAUGUUGUACAUAUCUUGAUACAAAAGAAAGCCGAUGUAAGUGUAGUAUUGCUUUUUUUGUGCUUAUCCGUUAAAACUGGUAUGUAUCACGUGGGAGGUGGUGACGAAUUCCGGACUGUUAGUGAACUUUUAGCGCAUUAUAAUAAUAAUCCUAUGGUUGAAGAAGGCAGUCAGAGAGUGGUUCAUCUGAUGAAUGUGCGUCAGCAUUUAACAUUCUUUCUAAGCACAAAUGUUUAUUUGUACUUACAGCUGGUUCCGUCUACAUGCGUGCCAGCAGAUGCAAUUGAUGAACGUAUACGAUUAUUGGAAGAAAUUGAUCCUAGUUCGAGGUUUGCCGUGAUGCCUGUUGAUAUUGGUACGAAUAAAAAGAUACCUAUCAAGCGUAUUCAACAAGUGGACGAUCAGUUUUCUUCGCGUCGGGAGGGAAAGAAAGAACAAAAUGUCAGUCGAAACCGAUACAAGAACAUAGUUCCAUUUGACCAUACCAGGAUAUCUUCACUUUCCAGAGUCAUUCUGAAGGAUAUCCCACCUAACGAGUCAGAUUAUAUCAACGCCAGCUACAUAAGAGUGAGUCAAUUUUCUGCUUGGUUUAGUUGUUGUUAAUC